AUGAAUAAUAAUAUCAGAAAAGUCUUUUUAUCAAUUGCGUUUUCUUUCCUUGUUGUUAUGUAUAUGUUCUUUCUAUCCAUUCCAAUACUUCAUUUAAUCUCAUUAAUUUCAACCAAAACAAUUUCUAAAGAAGAAUUAUGUAAUAAAUACACAUGGGCUAGAAGAAUUUCAUUAAUACUAGGAAUUACUUAUGGAUUAGGAAUAAUGGUAAUUCCAAAAUUAAGAAGAUGUGCUUUAUAUUCUGCUUCUAUUAUGAUAUUCACUUUAAACAUGAUUCCCUUUUUAUUAAUUAUUGAUUGCAUUGGACUUAUUCUUAUUCAAUUCUAUUCAUUACCAUCUUCUUUUUUCAUAUCAUUUAUUACAGCAAAUCAUCUUCCAAAUUAUUACAGAGUCUCAAUGUUUCUUUUUGUUAUUAUUGGUUCAUUAUUGGUUGAUGCUUAUUCACUUUGGAAAGGACAUAGAUUAGAGUAUCGUCAUUUUACUUUCCAUUCAUCUAAAAUAUGA